ACAGUCGACACGCCACGCUGACAUUCCGAUAGUAGGACUGAUAACAAAUCUAUUGAUAAUUUUUUUGUUGACUUUGUGAGAACAUAGUGAUUAUUGUUCUAUGGAUUAUGUGUGAGUGAAGUGAUGUGUUGUUCAGACUAAAUUAAGUCAUAAACUUUGUGUUUUGGUAUACCUAGUAAUAGUAAGAGAUGUUGCUGUCAACGCGGUACAUGGAAACUGUAUGCUAUGAAGCACACCUUGUUAAAUACGAAAAAUGCUAGCGAUCACCGCAAAGUGUGAAGCCGACACAUGAAUGACGUAAAAGACAGCUAUGCAAGAGAUUUGCAACUCAGCCGCACUGCCACUCGACAGUAACCCUCUGGUGCGCAAGAUAAAAUGCGAAGACUUCCCCGUGAGGGCAAAGCCUACGAGAGUUGGCAUGGGGGUGCGCGAUGAAAUGGACGAGGAAUUUGCAGUAAAGGCAAGGAACACGCCGCCGAUGGGACCUGCGCAGGACCAUCGCAUGGAGCAUGGGGGGAAUGGCUUCUGGCUCGCGGCCGUUACGGCUGCAGGAGCACCCCACCCCAUGCUGGAAACAGAAACUGGCUUCAUUAACAGCCAACCUUCGAUGGCUGAGUUCAUGACUGCUCUUCCACAACUGGGUGGGGGAGAACUAAGUCCGCAGCACACACCUCCCGGAUACGGUCCGGACCUGCCGUCCCCUGGUGGUGGUCUCAACGUACCCGAGUAUCCUUGGAUGAAGGAGAAAAAAACGACCAGAAAAAACAGUCAACAAGAAAAUGGACUACCCCGAAGGCUACGCACAGCAUAUACAAAUACACAACUUUUAGAACUAGAAAAAGAGUUUCACUUCAAUAAGUACCUAUGCAGGCCGAGAAGAAUUGAAAUAGCUGCUUCCCUUGACCUGACAGAGAGACAGGUCAAGGUAUGGUUUCAAAACAGGCGCAUGAAACAUAAAAGACAAACAUUAAGUAAAAGUGAAGAUGGCGAUGACAAAGACUCAACUACCUCUGAAGGGGGCAAGAGCAAAACGGGCAUGGAAAAGUUUACAGAUGAUGAUGGCCCUCUAUCUGGAAAGAAGAGCUGCCAGGGUUGUGAACUUCCUCCCGGCGCAUUACUAUCUCCCACUGAAGACAUACCCGAGCUAACAUCACGUACAAGAAAUAAUAACACGCCAAGUGCUACCAACAACAAUAGUUUUGCAAGCGACGGUGCUUCGAGUGUAGCAUCUUCUUCAUCUCUGGACAAACUAGCCGAAGAAGAUUCGAGAGAUUCACAUCCUCCUAAUGUCUCAACAGUCCCUAGAAAUUUAGCAAAGAGAAUAAAACAGGAAUCACGGAAACGUUCGCCAUCUCUGGACGCCGUUGGUUGCAAAAUAUCUCCAUCUUCCUCUAAAGAUGGGCUCAUGGGCAUUGCGGGCCUGACAGAUGGCGGAAAGUUUUCAUCUGUGAACCUUACACCAUCAUCAACACCCGGCACACCGUCUAGUAUGCAUCAAAGUCCCCUUGGACACUAUCCGAGACCUUCGCCGCCAAACGUUCCACCCGGACCUCCUCACCAAUCGGUUCCAAAUGCUCUUCCUCCCUACGUAAUCAGAGGCAAUGCUCCUCCAGGCCAGUUUCUACCACAUCCUGAUUUCCGUAUGGACAGCAAGCAAUUCGUAGGUAAAUUAACACAAUAUUCUCAAGGUAGUCGAUCAUACGAUAGCUACGCUACAGCUUUACAAGGAAAUGAACAAAACCCGUACUCACGGAACAAUCAAAAUGCUAGACAAGACAACUCACCGACAACGAGGCCUGCCAACGGAAUAUCGACAAAACAGGCCUAUCCUCAUGAGAUAUAUCAAAAUUAUGGGUACUCUGGUUACAACAAAGAACAAGUUGGAUAUGGACAUCCGGGUUAUGAUCAAGCUCAAGCAUAUCCAAACGAACACAUGGCAUACGCCAAUAGCCAUUACGGAUAUCAUUACCAAGAAAGUAGUCCAAAUGACCAUACCCAUAGUUAUUAUGUUGGCGACGGACAGAAAGCACAUAGCAAUGAUUACGGUAAAAGUUCAUUUUACGACGCAGCUACUUAUCAAUCAGGAAGCCAAAGCAAUGGGACUGGUACAGGAUCAUACACAGGUAUCCAGGCUGGCGCAGAAGGAUACGCUGGUGCCAAUGAAUGUAACGAUAACUAUAGCUCCUUUCAACAAUUUUACGAAGCAUCCCAUGCCGCUCCUGCGACAGGUGAUAAUUCUAACUCUUCAUCUGAUUUCCACUUUCUGAGCAACCUCGCUAACGAUUUUGGUCCAGAAUAUUACACCAUUUGAGAUAAGGACUUCGCCGAACAGGCGAAUAAUUUGUUUGUGUAACGCCUUUCGUAUUAAACAAUAUUGGACACAGUUAUAAAAUACCAAUGCAUUUAAAUUGAUAUGCUCCUGUGCUUCGAUGGGCCGGUUGUAAUGUCCAUAAAUAGAGGGGAAAUAAUAACUUUCAUGCCUUUAAAUACUGGUUAGAUGAUUUAUGUAAAACUUACAGUUCGCUGUAACUACUUUGUAAUCAUGUAUGAAAUUGUAAAUACACAAGCCUAUUUCUAGUUUUAAAUUUAUCAUAGUAUAGUAAAUAAUUUACAUCACAGUUGUGCAGGUUAAUAAUAUACUAUUCAAGUACGGAUUUUUAAAUAGCUAUAUGAUCUCAAAAAUUACUCAAAAAACAUAGUAGUUGUAAAACUAUCACUGUUAAUAUCAUGUUAUAUGUACAUGUACAACCACAACAAUAAAAACAUGUUAGCUGUGGUUACUUUGCAAGUUAUAUAAAUGCUACGGAAAUUAUGGGCCUGAAAUGGUCUCGGUUUUAAAGAACAGUAUUUUUUUUUUAAUACUUAACUUUAGUUACAGUUUUUCACUUAAUCUCCGUAUUUCACGACGACCCACACUUUUUUCAUUUGCUUCAGUUAAAUCUUUGGUGAAGCUUUUUGAUACAUGUUCUAUUUAAUAUUUUAUUAUUUUCGAAAAUAUGUUAUCGUAUAUUAAGAAAGAAGAUAGUCGUUGCCUUAUUUAGUUUAUAUUAUUUGUGAAUGUAAGACAUUGUAGAUAUAUGAUUAUUAUAGUUACUAGCUAAACAUUGUAUGUAGAUAUCAGUGCUAUCAUUUUGGCCUAUUAAAAAAUAAAUAAUUUGGUGUC